GGCCCAGCUGCUUCUUUCUUUAAAGCACUCCACAGAGAGAUCCAACUCCUUUUCUCCUCACACACACCCCUCAUCACCAUCAUCAUCCGCACUCUCUCCCUCGCAAAAAGAAGCGUCCGUCGAGAAUGUCGUACCAACAAGAUCGAAACUUUGCCCCGCCCCCGCCACACGGCCAGCAGCCCUACUACGGCCAGCAAGGUGCCCCACCUCCCCAAGGCUACCCCGGGCAGCCUCCUCCUCAAGGCUACUACCCCCCACCGCAGAACUACGGUCCGCCUCCACAGAACUAUGGUCCGCCUCCACAGAACUACGGCCCACCUCCACAGCAAGGUUACGCUCCUCCCCCGCAAGGCUACCCCCCACAGGGCUACCCGCCGCCGCCUCCCCAGGGCUACCCACAAUACGGCGCACCGCCACCCCACGGCCACGCACCUCCGCAAGUAGGCUACCACGCACCCUCGCCGGGCCACCCACAAGGCUACGGCCCCCCACCGCAAGGUUACCAUCAGCCACCACCACCGCAGCAACAACCGCACGGCUAUGCCCCGCCCCACGGCCCGCCACCCCACCAACCCCCCGUCCACAUCGAUGUCACCGCCGACGUCGCCGCGAUUCAAAAAGCCUGCAAAGGCUUUGGCACCGACGACGCAGCGCUGAUCCGGGUCCUCGCCUCGCGCGACGGCCCCACCAUCGACGCCAUCCGCCGCGGCUACCACCAUAGCGGCGGGCUGAUAAAAACGCUCGAGGCGGAAACCUCCGGCGACUUCCGCACGGCGCUGGUGGCGACCGCGCUCGGCCCCAUUGAAUCCAGCGUAUUCAUGGCGAACCGGGCGGUGGCCGGCAUCGGCACGGACGAGGCGAUGCUCACCGAAGCGCUCAUGGGGCGCACCAACGCCGAGAUGGCCUCGAUCAACCAGCUGUACCAGGUGCGCUACGGCCGCAGCCUCGAGACCGCCGUGCGCAGCGACCUCAGCAUGAAGACCGAGGAGCUAUUCGUCAUGGCGCUCAAAGUGCAGAAGCCCGACGAGUGGGUGCAGCCCGACAUGCGCGCGGUCGCCAACGACGUGGCCGUCAUGUUCGGCGCCACCAAGGCGCGCGUCGGCACGGAUGAAACCUCGGUCUCCGGAAUCAUCAUCCGCAGCAAUGAGGCUCACCUCCGCGCUGUCUGUAAGGAGUACAACCGCAUCCAUGGCGACAUCACGAAAAUGAUCCGCUCCGAGUUCUCCGGCCACAUGCGCGACGCCUUCCUCUACGUCAUCGAGGGCGCCCUCGAUAAGGCAAAGCGCGAUGCAGACCUCCUCGAGGCCGCGAUGAAGGGCUUCGGCACAAAGGAUGAUCAUCUGAUCAUGCGCGUCGUUAGGAUUCAUUGGAAUAAGAGGCAUCUGGAGAACGUGAAGCUUACGUACAGGAACACGUACGGAAAGGAUCUGGGCAAAAGGAUUCGCGGGGAGACUAGUGGGCAUUAUAGGGAUAUGCUGUUGGCGUUGAUUCAGUAAUUGGUGGAUUAUGUUGGGUGUAGGGUGAAUGGUUGCGUUUUGUUGUUUUACUGGUGUUUUUUGUGUGCUUUUUCCUGCUGCUUCUAUGAUAUAUGCUUCGAGUUAAUUUCUUACAUACCUGGGUCGCUUUAACUAUGGCUGGCUGGCUGUUUUGUGCUGGUUUUCUUCUUCCGUUUUACCGUUUCUCGUUUGAUAUUGCUUACUCUUACUACAAUGAGUAGGUGGUAUUUAUUGGCAUACAAAAUCGUUCCACAAGGA